AUGCUGUCAUUUUAAGUAGCUUAGUUUAAAGAAAUAAAGAUGAAAACUCAUUAUUGGACAUAAUUUAAUUAAUUAAUUAUUUUAAUAAAAUAUAAAUUAGAAAAAAGAGGUAUUUUUUAAUUCAGAGCCAAUAACAAUAUCACAUUAUCAAAUAGAUAGAAAGAUAUUCUAUGUUAAAGGACAAUAUGGAGCUAUUUAUGUUUGUUCACAUUUCAAAAUCCCAAUUCGUAACUAUAUGCUGAGGUAAUCUUGAAAAGAAAAAUUGAAAUCAUUUUAGUACUCAUGCCAAUAAAAAGAGAAAACUAAAACUCACAACAAGUAUUCAAUAACUAAUAAAAUGGCAGAGUUUCCUUAAUAUUGGAACUUUGUCAUGAAGGUGAUAUCAAAAAUUACUUAGUAUAAGAAAACUAGCCAUUCUAUUAAGAUUGUUGCUCUUAUAACCUAUGGAUAUUAGACAUUUUAUAAAUGUAGAAUUAUACAUAGAGUUAUUAAAUCAGCCAACAUUCUUAUUUCAAAUGGUACGUUCAAAAUUGAUGAUCUGGGUAUAAGAGGAGUCAUUGAAGAUAUAAAUUAUGCAUAAAACUGUACAGAAGUUGGAUCACCAGCUUAUGCUGUUCCAAAAUUAUUUUUAGUAACAAAGUUUCCUCCAAAGCUGAUAUUUAUUCAUUAGGUAUCAUAAUCAAUUAUGAAUAAUUACCUAUAUGAGCUAAUACAUAACCAUAAUUAUUAUAAAAUUAAGAAGUCUCAAAGCAACAUCAAAAUAAUGUGAUGAACAAUAUCUUUAAGGUAUUGUGCCAUAAAAUGUAAGAGACUUAAGUUAAAAUACUUUAUUAUAAUGAAAAUGAAAGAUGCUCUUGGUUAGAUGAGUUUUCAUCUGAUGUAUUGGCAUAAUACAAAUCUGAAAUUAACUUAUUAUCAAUCUCUACUUAAACUACUCAGAAUACAAUUUAACCUAGACUCUUAUUUGUAUAAUUCUAAAAGUUUUAUAGAGUAUAUGAUCUAUCAGAUAAUAAAAAUACUUCAAACUAUUUGUAUUUUGAUUACUAAAACUGAUUUAGCUAAUAAAUUUCAUAAAUAUGUGAAAGAAUAAAAGUAUAUUAUUAAUUUUAUAUUUUACCGUCUGGUUAAGCUUUAGUCCUUUUGAGAUAAGGAGAAUUAAUAUUAUCAUCUUUAUUUAUUUCUUGAUAUCGAUAAAAAUUAAUUAAAAAUAUUUUAGGGUUAUUACUUAAUUAUAAGCAAUUAUCUUUCCAUAAGUAUUAAAAGAGAACUAUUAAAUUAAUGAUAUAAAUUCUAGGAGUUUAAAAAAAUAUAUACAUCCAAAAAACCCUCAAUAUAUCAUAUCUAUUAUUGAGAGAUCUAUUAUAAUUUUUGUAUCUAGGUUUAAAUACUAUUUCAAAAGUGAUUUACCUAAAGCUAAAUAAUUAAAGAAAGUACUUGAAUAGGAUGACGAUACAAAUUAUUUAUUCUUUGCUCAAAUAUUCUCUUUUAUUUUUCAUCUUUCUAAGAAUUCUUUUCAGAAAAUUUAAAUGAAUCAAAUAAUUAGAAGUAUUUAUAUAAUAAUCAGAUUAUUGAACUUAUUAAGGAGAAUAAAUAUUUUCAAACUUAAAUUUCUAUAUAUGAAUCCUUGA